AUGACAAAUGGAGAGAUCCGUUAUUCUGUUCGAGAGGAAGAAAUGAGGGGUGCUUUCAUAGGUAAUAUUGCGAAAGAUUUUGGAUUAGAUAAUCAGAGACUAAAAUCUGGCAGAGCUCAUAUUUAUACUGAGGGUGGUACCGAAUACGUAGAGCUGAAUGUAAAUAAAGGGAUUUUAAUUGUUAAAAACAGAAUUGACAGAGAGCAGAUCUGCGGUAAAAUAGCACCCUGUUUAUUACAUUUUCAGAUUGUCCUGGAAAAUCCUAUGGAAUUUCACAGAGUGACUAUUGAGGUUAUUGAUAUAAACGAUAAUAACCCCACUUUCACAAAGAAAAAUAUUCAGUUAAAAAUUAGUGAGUCAUCCCUUGCAGGAGCACUGUUUUCCCUACCGAAUGCUGUAGACAGCGAUAUAGGUGAAAACACUGUAAAAUCAUAUAUACUCGCAUCGAAUGAUCAUUUUAAAUUAAAAAUUCAGGCUCAGUCGGAUGGCCGUAGUUCCGUGGAUUUGUUGUUAGAAAUGUCUUUGGACAGAGAAAAGCAAGAAGAGCAUGUUUUGCUUUUAACGGCGGUUGAUGGAGGGGAGCCUCAGCGUUCUGGCACAACAGAGAUAAACAUCAUUGUCGUCGAUGCCAAUGACAAUGCUCCCGUUUUUACUGAAAGGGUUUAUAAAGCUGCUGUCAGGGAAGACUCUUUGAUUGGGACUGUGCUGAUCAAAGUAAACGCCACUGAUGCAGACAAAGACAUGAAUGGACAAAUUACAUAUUUUUUCGCCCAUGUUACAGAUAAUUCGAAUGAUUUAUUUGAAAUCAAUCCUGAAUCGGGAGAAAUCAAACUCAUCGGCCAAUUAGAUUAUGAAAGUGCUAAAAUGUAUGAAAUGAAAGUAGAAGCUAAAGAUAUAGGGGAUCUUAUAGGCUCAAGUAAAUUAAUAAUUGAAGUGAAUGAUGUAAACGACAAUGUGCCAUUUAUUAAUCUGAUGUCGGUUUCAAAUCAGAUCAGAGAAGACUCAUUACCUGGGACAGUAAUAGCAAUGAUUAACGUGCAGGACAAGGAUUCUGGAAGAAAUGGUAAAGUUAGUUGUUGGAUUAAUAAUAACAUACCAUUUAAACUGAAAUCAUCUAUAAAUAAUUUUUAUAAUUUAGAAACAGAAGGGUAUUUAGAUCGUGAAAAAGUGUCUCAGUAUAAUAUUACUAUUGUGGCAAAAGACGAAGGAGAGCCUUCACUCUCAGCUACACUUUCAGUCACACUGCAGAUUAUUGAUGUCAACGAUAAUGCUCCAGAAUUCGCAAAUCAACGUUAUAAAACAUACAUCAUGGAAAAUAACUCUCCGGGGUCUUCGUUUUUUUCAGUGAGAGCGAACGAUGAGGACUCGGGUCUCAAUAGUAAAAUAUCUUACUUUAUUGGUGAAUCCAGUGUUAACAAUUUCUCAGUCUCUUCAUUUGUGUCUGUUAAUUCAGAUGAAGGUGUCCUCUAUGCAGUACGUUCGUUCGAUUAUGAGCUGCUGAGUCAUUUUCAAAUCUCGGUGACAGCUAAAGACAGAGGCUCUCCACCUCUCAGUUCUAGCGUAAUAAUAGACGUAUAUGUUCAGGAUCAAAAUGACAAUUCUCCAGAAAUUCUGUACCCAGUUUUGAAUAAAGGAUCUCAGAUAGCUGAAUUUAUUCCUCGCUCUGCCGAUGUUGGAUAUUUGAUUACUAAAGUUGUUGCUGUUGAUAAAGACUCUGGACAAAAUGCGUGGCUUUCUUAUAAAGUCAUCAAAUCUACCGACCAGACGCUUUUUGAAAUGGGCUUACAUAAUGGUGAAUUAAGAAGUCUUAGGCAAAUAAUGGAGAAGGAUUCUGCAAAACAAAGACUGACUAUUUUAGUUGAAGACAGCGGACAGCCUUCCCACUCAGCGACUGUGAACGUCAACGUUGCUAUCACUGAUAGUUUUGCAAUGGCGUUUACAGAAUUCAACGAUUUUACAUACGAGAAAAGCAGCGAUGGCGAUUUAAGAUUUUAUUUGGUAAUCUGUUUAGUCAUCGUGUCGUUUCUUUUCAUUACGUUCAUCAUAAUUUUAAUAUCUUUAAAAUUCCACAAGUGGAGGCGCUUGAAAUAUUUCAGUGAUAACUCCAACGGAACUCUCCCCGUUAUUCCUUAUUACCCGCCCCGUUAUGCAGAAGUCGGAGCCACUGGGACUCUUUGUCACGUGUACAACUAUGAAGUCUGCCUCACAACGGAUUCUGGAAAAAGUGAAUUCAAAUAUGUAAAGCCUAUGCUACAGACUCCUAUGGAUAACGAUUCUAAUGGAGCCAAAACUAAAAAUCCCAGCUCGAGUGAUUUAAUUGCAGAUGAAGAAAUUAUGCAGGUUGCCCGUAAAGGAUGA